AUUAUUAUAUUAUAUAGAAUAGAAUAAAAAAAUAGAGGAGAGGGGUGAAGCCGACGCCGACUUCUCGAGAAGGUUCUGGAACAAGUCGCCGACUUUGGCGAUCAACGCCGGUAAUGGCGACGGAUCAAAUCGACUCGAUGCAGUCGCUGGAACCGUCGAAAGUAGAAAGCGAGAAGGAACCCACCACGGCUGAGAAUUGUAAAGAGCAGCCUCUUCAUGAUAAAGGUGCGAAGGCUAUGGCUCCCAGCGAUCUGUCAAGAGACGUCCAAAAUUAUUUUGGUUACACAAAUGAAGGUGGCGAACAUGGCGCUGUCGCCUACGCGCCGAAUAGUUAUGCUCCUCAGCCGCAAAUGUUCUUCUCCGGAGGACACGAGAACCCUGCAGUUGGGCGGGAAGAAUUUCACCAUAAUUUGUACAGUGACGGCUUGGAAGUCGGACCUAAUGGUUUCUACGACGAGAAUUCGCCGUUUAUGUUCCACACCGGAUACGGGUACAGUCCCCAUAUCCCUUACGGCCCCUAUUCUCCGGUUAUGCCACCUCUACCUCUGGUUAAUGGAGAUAUUCACACUUAUUCCGCGCAGAGUAUUCCAUUCUCAGAACCUUACUACCCGCAACAACCAAUUCCACCUACUAUGCCGUAUCUGAGUUAUCCAGCCUCGAUAUGGGAAUCCGGUGCAAAUCCACCGGUCGAUCCACGAGCGGCUUUUACUCCCGAUUCACUGAACACAAGUAGCUUAUUAUUUCAGCAAAUUACUGGUUUUCCUUUAUCCUAUGAUUGGUUAUCACAAGAUGGGUCAGGUUCUGUAAAUCCAUUCUCUCCGCUGGCUGUUCCGCCUCAGCAUAUUGGUGCGCCUGGACCAUUUUCGCAAAGCAACAUACCUUUACCUCAUGCAAUGAAUCAAAGACCCGUUGUUUUCGGAUCCCCAAACAGUUCUUGCGACGCAGUGCAUUCUUAUGGGGAGCCCAGUCCAAACGUUGGCGCUAAUAAUAGAAGAUUGGCUCCCGCUAACAAAUCCAAGAAGCAGGAAAAUGGAAGUGCUUCUCCGAUAAGCUGCAAUGGGUGUCUAGACUUUCUCCAUGAGCUAAACCGGGGCCCACGAGCUUCUAGGCCGAAGAAACAAGCUACGGAAGAGAACUCUUCGCUCGAGAAUAAAAAUGAAGAGGCUUAUUUAGGGCUUUCUCGCGAGUUGUUCAUUACGGAGUAUAAGGUUGCCAUGUUCUUCGUCAUUAAAUCUUUUAGUGAGGAUAAUAUCCACAAGUCCAUUAAGUAUGGCGUUUGGGCUAGCACGCCAAGUGGGAAUAAGAAGUUGGAUUCUGCUUAUCACGGAGCGAAGGAGAGAGGAGAUCCAUGCCCGGUUUUCUUAUACUUUUCGGUAAAUGCGAGUGGACAUUUCUGCGGGGUGGCUGAGAUGAUCGGGCCCGUCGACUUCGAGAAGAGCGUGGAUUUUUGGCAACAAAAUAGGUGGAGCGGGUGUUUCCCGGUUAAGUGGCGUAUCGUAAAAGAUGUACCGAACAAUCUCUUUCGCCAUAUCGUUCUCGAGAACAACGAUAACAAGCCCGUGUCCAACAGCAGAGACACCCAGGAGGUAAACCUGGAACAAGGUCUAGAGAUGCUAAACAUCUUCAAGAAUCACAAAGACGAGACGUCGAUUCUCGACGACUUCGGCUUCUACGACAAAAGGGAAAAGGCAAUUCUGGAGUAUAAGCAGAAGCAGAAGCGCGAAGCCGUUUCCACCGAAGCCAUAAACCGGAUUUCCGAGAACUUUUCACGAGCUAUCCAAAUCGGCGAAAGUAACAACGCGGAAAAUACGGAUUGAGAAUAAUAUCUCUAUUGAUGAGAUCUGAAUCCAAGUACACCAACCAUUGAAGAACAUAGCUUGAGAAUGAGAUUUAGUUCAUAACUUUAGUUAGUUUCUUUCUCUUUUUUUUCCUUCUUAUUUAUCGGAAUUACGAGGAAAUUCACGGUCUGCGGGUUAAAAUGUGUAGUAUAUAAUUUUUUAUUUUAUUUUUUACCGCGGGUGCGAAAUUCGUAGUCAUUUUUUGUUUUUUUAUAUUUAUUUUUUAAAAUAUAGUGGGCAGGCCUUAAAAAUCCUUUUGUGAAGUCCCUAAUUGGAAUACUAAGAAGGAAUAAGAUUUUUUUUUUUUUCUUUCUUUUA